UAUAUAAUCACACUUCGUAGGCUCUAGCUUCGCGCUAGAGCUGGGUGAACACAGACGAAAAUAACUCGUUCUACCGCGCCGGUACGAAAAUUGGUAAAUGCACUAGACGCAUAGUUUCAGUUGGUUUUGCCGUUGGAUUCAUUCAAUUCAUGGCCGGUGCCCCGCGGUUUGCCAAAAAUAGAACUAUCGACGUGUCGUUUCACCUUAGCCUUGUAGGCUAACAGUGCAGUCGAUACAUAUAAAUUUUUCAUCAUAUUUGCUAUGAUAGCGUUGACAAGAGUGCGUCGUUGAAAUUAUGGUUCUCCGUGCGGACGCGGCUACCACAUCCACGAUUUUCAUUACCUUCGAUUAGAGUUAGCGGUGUAAAUUGUCACAAAAAUAUUGAAGAGUGUUCCUUUCUUUUUGGAUAUUACACGCUGAAUAAAAUCUCUAAAAAGCUCCGCUGAACACGUCGAAAUGAAGAACGAGUGGAGAGUGUUGCUUUUGCUGUUGCAAAAGGAUUACAAAGUUCGGAAAAGACAUUGGCUAGCAACAAUCAUUGAAUUUGCUGCACCCGCGUUGAUCAUUUCCUUGUUCGUUGGCCUCAGGACUCUCGUUGAUCUCUUAGGAACUGAGCCGAUUGAAAUUAAUACCACUUAUCCGUUAAUCGCAAAAGAGUUUAGCCCAGACAAUGACGGGAUUAACAUUAUGUACACACCGCAAAAUGAAUUUACCAAUCAAUUAAUGAAAAAUGCUACUUACUGCUUUCAACGUUCCACGGAGGACCUGCGAGGAUUCGAUGAUAAAUCGGCAUUAUUAGAAUAUUUCCGAAACGCAACUGAAAAUUAUAUUUGGGGAUUGGCGGUAAAUUUUGACAGCGCCAUCGCAGGAUCCGUACCAAAUGAUUUAGUAUAUACACUGCGAUCCUCCUACCAAAUUUCAAACAAUUUGUUGGAAAGUAAUGAUGGGACACCCGGGAACCGAGCUUCUCGUCUUACCAAUCAGAUUCCACUCACCACUUUUCAAAUGUGUUUGGAUGAUGCCUUUAUUAAGAAGGUUGUUCCAAAUUCCACUUUUCAGGAUACAGUGACGAGGUACAUACAAAAUAUGCCAUAUCCCCCAUACCAGACCGUGGACGUAGCUGAGCUGAGUUUUCGAAAUCUCGUUGCUGGAUUUGCGGGAUGUAUAUUCAUCGUAACGUUAUUCAUGAUGCCGUCGUAUAUUGCAGCCGAAAGAGACACAGGUGUUAAUGCCCUACUUAAAAUGAAUGCGGUGAGAGCUUAUCAAAAUUUUUUGAGCUGGGUAAUCAGUGGCAUACUUUUCGGAGCGGUGAUCGUUGCUUUGGUAACGAUAGCUCUAAAAGUACCAUUUUCGAAGGCACAGCCGGCAUUUUGGCAGUACUCUAAUGGCGUCAUAAUUUGGAUUUCCAUAUUAUUGAAUUUCAUUCACUGUUACACUUUUUGCAUGCAUCUUGCAUCAUACUUUUCCAAAGCUUGGGCUGCGCAGGGAGUAUCGGUGAUCAUCGUUUUCGUAUUACCGCAAAUACUGGCGUUGGUACAAAACAACAAUGGUGUUAAAAUAGUGCCAUACCUUGGAGUCUUGUUUCCCAUCGCAGCUACUUUGAGAUUAUUUUCGGAAUUCAACGACUUUGAAACUCUGGGGACUGGAGCACAGUGGAAAAAUUUGUUCACCACUCAACAUCCCAUCCUAGGACUCGGUGGAACAAUCGGCUUCAUUAUGAUAUUGAGCGUAAUAGGUAUAUUCUUACACUUUCUCGCUGCAAUGUAUCUGGAUGCUGUUUUACCUGGUAAAUAUGGAGCUCGGCGACCGCCGUUGUUCUUUCUCGAGUGUUUCUGCAUGAACAAAGUAAGUAACUCCAGUGUUGGAGCGAUGUCGGAUGGACAAGCUAAAAUUUUGGAGCCGGUACCGGAAGGAGUGUUGAUUCCAGGAAUACAAGUACGGAAUUUGGAGAAAACUUUCACUACGGGAUGCUUUAAUCAAGUUGUGGUCGAAGCAGUUCGGGGGAUGAGCUUUGAUUUCUAUAAAGGCCAAAUCACUGCGCUACUUGGGCAUAACGGCGCUGGAAAAACUACGACGAUAUCGAUUUUGACCGGGUUGACGUCACCUUCAUCUGGAACGGUGAUCGUCGAUGGUAAAAACCUGAAAACUGAAUUACAGUCAAUUAGAAAUGACCUAGGCAUGUGUCCUCAAGAGAAUCUGGUGUUUCCCGAACUAACAGUGGCGGAGCAACUGCGAUUAUUUGGUUUGUUGAAAAAAAACGACAGAUCAAAUCCGGAAAUUCUAGAAGAGGUUGAUGACUUGUUAGUCAAAUUGAAAAUAAGCGAUAAGCGAAACGCUCUACCUCGGAAUCUCUCUGGGGGUCAAAAAAGAAGGCUUUGUUUAGGAAUGGCGCUUAUCGGUAAUGCUUCAACCCUGUUCUUAGACGAACCCACGUCAGGCAUGGACCCAGAGACGAGCAGAGUUACUUGGGAUAUAAUACUAAACUAUCGAACGCGAAAAACAAUUAUUAUCACGACUCACAGUAUGGAGGAGGCGGAUGUUUUGGGUGAUCGGAUUGCCAUCAUGAAUUCGGGUCGUAUGAAAUGUUACGGAACGUCCAUGUUUUUGAAGAAAUAUUACGGUAAGGACCAGCAGCAAGUUACACUUUCGGUGGAGCCAUGGUGCGAACAAUCCAAGAUUCAAGAGGUGGUCGGGGACCAAGGAAAUGUGGACGCGACUGUUCAAGGAAGGGUACUCAUUACUCUCCCCAUGUCGGAUUCAUUGCCACAGAUUCUGGAUACGUUAGAAGGCCGCAAGGCGGAACUCGGAAUCACCGGAGUGAGCGUCUCGACGAUUACGUUGGAACAAGUUUUUUUGAAGGCUGCUGAGGAAGAAGAUGAACAAGAUCAGAAUGACAACAUCACAGAAGAAUCGGUUGAAGUGACAAAUACUAACAACAAAUACAAGAAGACGACCGGUUUGGAGUAUAUGAAGCAGGCAAUCCACGGACUCCUUUCCAAAAAAUUAUCGCACAUGAAACACAGUUGGGGUAUAACUACGGGCAUUCUCAUUGCGCCUAUGAUAGGGUUGAUAUUGAUGCCGGCUUUUAACAUCGAUCUGUCGACCUCAAGCUUGACCCGGCCUCUCGAUCUGUCGCUUUAUCCGAAUUCCGAAGCGUUGAUUUACUCCGAAUACAACUCGAUGGGGAACACAUACAAGCGUAUCGUCGAAGGUCAAGGAGGCAAGGGCACUCCAGUGAAAACGGAUGUCUCCGUGACGGAAGCGUUGUUGCAGAGGGCUGUCGAGGACAUCGAUUACUACAGAGAACAGAUAAUCGUCGCCGCCGAGUUCAAUUCCACCCCCGAUUCUCUGAUCGCCAACGGUCUUUACGGCGGUGCCGCGACGUUGAGCGCUCCGCUCACCGUGAACUUGAUGUCCAACGCGUUACUGAAGACCUUCGCGGGCGAUGGCUACUCCAUUUCGACGCGUAUCGGAAGUUUGCCGCAACGGACCGAGUCCACCUUUUACGUCGACGAAUCCUCCAUCCGGGUCGAAACCGUAGCCUCGGUGAUGUUGUACCUGAGCAUCUUCUUCGUCGUCGCUGGUUUGUUCGUCGUUCACCCGCUGUUGGAAAAUUCCACGUCGGUGAAACGACUUCAACAGAUGACCGGCCUCUCACCCGUCUUGUACUGGGGAGUCAUGUUCGUUUUCGACUACGGAGUCUUCGUUCUGUCCACGAUAGGAAUGAUCCUCGGUCUCAUAAUCAGCGAUCGCAUCUUCGGUGAAGACAAAUAUGGCAUCGUUGAAAUCGGAGUUGUGGUGCUUUUGCUGCUGCUUUUCGGGAUGAAUGCUAUACUAUCGGCUUACGUUGUUAGUUUCAUAAAUAAACCGUUGUACGUUGGGCUUUUGAUUCUUUGUCUGCUGAAUAUCAUACUGGCUCAAGUCCAGGUCGUUGUCGCUAUGGUAAUGUCGUUCCUCGGUGAUGAUGACUGGGCUAAGUUUUUGAUCGAACGUAGAGUAUUUUCAAUCAUACCUCACAUCAGCUUUACUUUCGGAUUCUCGAAAUUCGUCGAAGUUGCUUCUAAUAAUGCGAGAUGCCGAGGACUGCCAAACACAUUUCAUUUAACAUCUUGCGUUAUAAAAGACGUCUGCUGUGAAUUGCAGUGUUGGGACGGGAAAUGCGAAAAACAAUUCGCAUACUUCCGAAAUUUCAAUGACGACGACGGAAUAGAAGAAUACGUUUUAUAUUUAGCUUUGAUGCCAAUCGUUCUAGUGGCAUUCUUGUGUAUACUGCAUCUGCGAUUAUUCCCGAAGCUGCUAUUCUUAUGUCGAUCACGCAUAUACAAGCCAGAGCCCAUGAGCCACGGUCUAUCAAUAGACAGCGAAGUUGCUAAUGAAAAAAGUGUUAUACGCAAAGCAAUUAAUCAACAAGUGAAAAAUUCGAAGCAUGUGGAUGAGAAUGUCUUCCUCGCUUACGAAUUGAGCAAACGUUAUCCGAAGUGGCCUGCGGUUAGAGAAGUGAACUUCAGAGUAAAAAAAAACGAAUGCUUCGGUUUGUUGGGCGUUAACGGCGCCGGCAAAAGUACCACUUUCCGAAUGCUGGUGGGCGAAGAAAUUGCCGACACCGGAAUCUUGAUUCGCGGCAAGCACGAUAUCAAACGAGAGCGCACCAAGUAUUUGGCGGGAAUCGGUUACUGUCCUCAAAUCAAUGCCUUAAUUACAUCGUUCAACGCAUACGAACAUUUGUCUCUGUUCGCUCGCCUGAGGGGAGUUCCAGCAGAUCGAGUGGCGGCGGAAGUUCAGAUGUGGAUCGACAAGCUCGGACUUAAUAAAUUUGCGAAUAAACCAAGCGGGAGCUACAGUGGAGGGAAUAAACGUCGCCUCAACAUCGCAAUGGCCCUCAUCGGAAACCCGGAACUCGUUCUGCUGGAUGAACCUACAGCAGGAGUCGACCCCGCAGCGCGGAGGUCGUUGUGGGGUGUGCUUCAGAGCUGCCAAGCAUCGGGGCAGGCCUUUAUUCUGACUUCGCACAGCAUGGAAGAGUGCGAGGCACUCUGCAACCGAUUACUGAUAAUGGUACGAGGCGAAGUCGUCUGCGUGGGAGCCAGCCAACAACUGAAGGGACUCUUCGGUGCUGGCUUCGAUAUCACCAUCUUGAUAAGUCCCGAGAGAUCCGAAGAGGACAGCGCGGCCAUCAAGUCGAAGAUCGAGGCCGCGUUCGCCUGCGAAUUACGAGAUGAGCACGCGGGAUAUCUCUUCUACCACGUGACCGAUCCACAGGUCACUUGGACCAAGAUGUUCGGUACAAUGAACUCGUUGAAAGCUCAGCACAGUUGCGUCCAAGAUUUCAGCGUUUCCUCAUCGACGUUGGAACAAUUAUUCAUUCAACUAGCCAGAUACGCUCCAGCAGUGAUGACAUACUCUGCACCUGCAGCACCAGCAGGCUCAAAUCUAGUAUCUCAUGUUUAAUUAUUGUGAAUCUCUAAUUGUUAUUAUAAGUAUUAAUUUAUUGAAUUGAAAUAAAUAAUCCUUUUUUUUUUU